AACUUUUAGUUUUCUAUUUAAUUAUCGUUUUAUGGGGAGUGGGCGAAUUCGUGGUCUGAUAUGAUUAUAAUAUUAUAUAUAACGUUAAGCUCAUUUCUUCUUCACCAACAAAUAUAACAAUAGUACAUGAUGCACAAAGCGGGCUAAUCUUUUUCUACACUACAAACAUUAAUACUCCCUAACAUACAUACUCCCUAACAUAUGACGAACUUCAUAAUAAUUUGCAGCUGAGCCAAGAUUAAAAAUUUUAACCAAUUUCGAAAUUCUAACUAUAUUUUCAUACAUAUCUCAUAUACAAACAAAUGGUAGGUAAACAAACCUAACCGACAGAGUAUCUGUUGUUAUAUCCGAUUCCGCAAAAAUAUAUACCAACUCAUAACACUAAAUGUCAAUUAAGCUAGAAGAAACUCGCAGCAGCAUCCCUGUUCGUUUAUUUGAGCAUGCGCACGAACAGAAUUGUAUUUACCAGAUUAAAGGAAAUGUCAAAAAGAGAACUCAAAGGCUCGGCAUUAAGUUAAGUAAAAUAUAGUUAAAAUUAAGUAAAAUAUUGGCAAUAAAAGAGGAAUGCAGACAACCCAUUACGAUAAAAAUAAACGAAAAUACCACGAUGCGAGCUAUGAACGAAAAUAUCUGUUGGACCCGAAAUAUAUGACAAAACGAGAUCUCCAACACUAUUACCGGUACUUUCACAGCUCUGACAAAGGUCGACUUAAUUGUAAAAAAAUCAUAUUUAUUAUAUUGUGUGUAUGUUUUUUCGCUUACUUAUUCGUGGAUUACAAUAUUCGCACAAAAAUAAUUAAAUUGCGUGAUCGUUUCGAAUUUGUGGCUCGAAGCGACCCACAGUAUAACGUUAGCCAAACCUAUUUUGUUAAUACUCCAGGUUGUCAUAUUCCAUAUUUUGAUGUGACUAACUAUCGAUUAAUGCAAUAUAUGGGAUCACCCCCAAAUCUGACUUGCAAAAAAGCUAUAACCCGAGCAAGCGAGGUGGGUUCACGUUUUUGGUGGACCAUAACUGACGAAGAGUUAAUGUUGUAUUAUAAAAUAAAUGAUACCAGCAACAUCAAUUGCAAUUAUAGUCCGCUAAAACACAACUACAACAUUUCAACGAGUAAAUUCGGUGAUGUUGUUCCAUUCAAGCUGCAUUUCAACCAGUCUAUUGAAAUUGCACCGGAAAUAGAAUUUAUACGAAUUCGCUGCUCAGAAAAGCAUAGACAAUACUUCUAUGAAGAUUACCACUUUUUUGCUAUAAAUAAAACAACACCAAGAACGAAUUAUUUUGCGAAAAAUGAAAAAAAUAAAAUUAAUAAAAAGGUAACAAGAGCUAAAAAAAGAGAAAACCCCAAUGACUACUUACAUGUAAGGGACAAUAAUGUAAAUGAGUCUGCACAACAGCUUUCUAUAAUGAUCUUAGGAAUUGACAGUGUAUCACAUUUAAACUCUUUACGAUAUAUGAAGCGUACUGUCGAUUACAUUCGAAGGCGCUUAAAUUAUGUUGAGUUUUGGGGUUUUAAUAAAGUGGGUGACAACGCCUAUUCCAAUCUAAUUCCACUUUUUACUGGUCUUGCUGCAGACGAGUUGAAACUAUCUUGCAUGCGUGCAAAAGAAUUACAUUACACUGAAUGUCCAUUUAUAUGGAAACGAUUCAAAGAAGCUGGAUAUAUGACUUCAUUUCUCGAAGAUGUCGCUCGAACUAGCCUUUUCAGUAUGGACACAAUUUUCAGCCAUCCCCCCACCGACUAUUAUAUACGCCCCAUUGUCAUGGAAAUGGAGAAUCAUAUUGGUUAUUAUUACUCCGUAAGCCUUAAUUUAUGUAUGGGAGGACGACGCACAAUUGAUUUGGUACUCGAAAUGAUCCAUAAGCUGACUCCAUUCCUUCAAAAAGAAAAUUUCUUUUCAUUCUUUUGGCUUGCGUCCAUGACUCACGAUUUUAUAUAUAUGCCAAAAUUACUGGAUAAUGAUUUUGUUAACUUAUUUGAGCGUUUCCAAGAAACUGGUAUUUUGAAUAAGACAAUCAUUCUUCUGACGAGCGAUCAGGGCCUACGCUGGGGCUCUUUUCAUCGAACAUACCAAGGUAUGAUGGAGGAACGACAACCCCUACUCAUAGCCAUUUAUCCGUCAUGGUUUAAGCAAAGGUAUGCCGAAGCUGUUGCUAAUCUGGAAAUCAAUGCCAAACGAUUAACAACUGUCUAUGAUGUAUAUGCGACAUUUUUGGAUAUACUUAAUUUACAUAAUUUGCAACCAUCAAACUUAAAAGCUCGCUCUAAAGAGCUCCAUGAUUUUGAUACGAUUCCCAGAGGCAUUAGCCUAUUUCUUCCCGUACCUGAGACACGCACUUGUGAAAACGCGGGUAUUGCUUCGCACUGGUGCACAUGCUACCAGCGAACCGAAAUGCCAACGAACGAUGUACGAGUACAGGAAGCGGCACGUUAUGUGGUUAAAUUGAUCAACGAACAAUUAAAACCAUAUCCACAAUGCAGGGUACUAUAUUUAAACUCUAUACUGGAUGCAGUUUUGUUGGCACCACAUUAUACUAUUAUCAAGGAAGUCAACGAUGAUUAUGCUAUCGACAUUUCUUUACGAUUGCAAACUAAACCUGGAUUGGCAGUAUUUGAGUCAACGGUACGUAUAUCAGGGUACACAAAGAAGCUUACCGGUGCCAUAACCCGGCUUAAUUUAUACGGAAGUCAAAGCUAUUGUAUAAAUAUAGAUAUACUUAAAAUGUAUUGCUAUUGUCACAGAUAAAAAGCAUCUACAUUAAAACUACCAUAAAAUAUCUCAAAGGCAACUUAAAACAAACAACAAAUACAUUAAUUAUGCUUGACAAGAGAUGAAGAAAUAAUUAUGUAAACAUAAGCAUUCGCUUUAAUAUAUAAUUUAGAUUUUAUUAUUAAACGUAAUUAUAUUCAAAUUCGGAAACUCGAAGAAAACUAAAUAAUUUAACGUGAAAAAUAUUAUAGUCUUACGCUAUAUAUAAAGAACCUGUGGAACAACGUUCAUUUGAAUAAAUCUAUAUAUAUGCGUAAGUAUGCACCAAUAACAAUAAUCGAAAUUACUUCAUAAUCAUUUGACUGUAAUAUAAUAAUACAUACUCUCAAAACAGACAUCUGCAAAAUAGAAUAAAUAUUUUUAUACUUAGGGCUUUAAAAUAAAUUUAUAAAUUCUCCGUAAAAUCCAUACUGAUGCUCAUCAGCAAAUAAUAAUGCAUUUCCAAACAUCCCCAUAGUUUUUUAUAUAAUAGGUGUUAAAAUGUAAAUAUCUUAAUAUUUGUAUGUCACGAUACUCAUGUCCAGAAUACGAUGUUAUUUAAAGAUUAAUUUUUAUAUUCAUACAAUCCAAUCAUUAAAAUUAUGAUUUAGUUCUUCUUCUAAGGUAUUAUUAGUAAAUUGAAAUUUUCGACUCAGAGUUAUUCAUGCAUAAUCAUCACUGUACUAUGCCUAAUACAUUGCAAUCAAUUACUUAACGAUCAUAAAUAAUGAUGGUGAUAAUAAUGAAUUGUAUACCAUUAUGCCCGCAAAAAAAUGGCCCCACACGUAUCCCGGCCGCAGGACCCCUACAUUCUUAAUUGGGAUAUUAACUUUGACAGGUGAAAUAUCUCACAUGUUUCAAGCAAAUACUUACAACUGUAAUGGAGCAUAACGUUAUAAAUUUUAUUUAGGUUAAAAAAAAACACUGAUUAGCUUACGAUACUUCCUCCUUAUUAAGAACUUAAAUUUCUAUAAAUUAUUCUGGCAGAUGUGAUAUUUGAAAGCUCUUAUCUUAUUGUCUUAUUUAAGCUUGUUGUAAGUGAAUGCAACAUGAACUACUUACGGUUUGAACAAUUUUACUGAUUUUGAUGUAAUGUUCAGAAAGUGUUCCGAAGAAGAAAUUUAUUUGAUGUUCUAUAAUCAGUACGAGGUCAUAACUUGACUUCUUAACCAAGAACACAGCUGGAAACUCCCUCACCUUUGCGUAUGAGCGGGUUAAGGAUAAGGUAAAGAUAUACAUGUACACUUAAAAUAUCUUUAUUAAAACCAAACUUACCUUAAAGUAUGUUGUUGAAAGUAGGGUUGCGAUGCCCCCCAUAACUGAAUACUGUAUCAUCCGAAAAUUAAACAUCAAGGUUCAUUCGUUAGAUAAUAUUUUUUUCCAGGUAACGCUGAGAGUGUUUUUCGAAACUUCAAUUUUUAAUUUUUUUGGCAGAGAAAAACGCGUAUUUUUGCAAAAAAUUUAGCUAAUUUGUUAUCAUAAAAUACAUCCAAAGGGAGUGUAAUUCAUUAUUAAACUUCUGACUAUUCACCAGAAAAAUAUAUUUACACUCUUAUUCUUUACAAAAGUCAAUUUUCUAAGUACUUUUAGGUUAUUUUUUCAAAUAAAUUAUUUUCAGAAAAAAUGUGUAGUAAAUUAAUUAAAAACCAUUUUUAAAAUGAUUCCUAAAUUAGUUCUGAGUGCUAUUGCAAAAAAAAAAUUUUAAGAAUAAUAACAAAACUGUACGUGUGUUUAAUCAAAUGUGUAUGGCUGUAUAAAUUAUUAUGAAAUUUGAAAAUAACAUUCCCGCUAGUUUUGAAGUUAUGAAGAGCACUAAUGUCCAACCUCCAGAACCGCCUCCUAGGAA